CGUGUCCACCGCUGCAGCGGCAGGUGGUCACUGCGUGCCCCGGUUUGUAAGGCGGAUUAUUGGCAUGUUUUCUCCUUAGACGUCGCAGAUCCUCGGGAGUAAAAUGGAUGGAGCAGAAUAACUUCUUGAAAAAGCACUCAGUUCUUUUUGCUUCUUUUUAAGAAGGCGAAAAGUGAAGACAACACUUUUUUGCGUAUUGGCGUGCGUAAUGCUCUCUGUGUAGAGAGCGUUGUCAACUAACGUAUUCUUUGAUUUAUUCUUUUAUCAUUUACAUUUUUAUUUCAUUCAAAAAACGUCACAGUGCUAGUUAUGGCAUUCGCAAAGUUUAGUAAAAUCAUCCUAAAGAAGAAGCUGAAGCAGUAUGAGCACGUCAGCCGAGACGUGAACCCWAAUGACAUAUGGGAGAUAGUUGGAGAGCUGGGAGACGGCGCGUUUGGGAAGGUUUACAAGGCCUGUAACAAGGAGACUGGAGUUCUGGCUGCAGCCAAAGUGAUUGAGACAAAAUGUGAGGAGGAGCUGGAGGACUACAUGGUGGAGAUUGACAUCCUGGCUAAAUGUGACCACCGCUACAUCGUCAAGCUGCUCGAUGCGUUUUACUAUGACAACAAACUCUGGAUCAUGAUUGAAUUCUGCGCUGGAGGUGCUGUGGAUGCUAACAUGCUAGAGUUGGAUCGUGGACUAACUGAGCCACAGAUCAGGGUGGUCUGUCGGCAGAUGUUAGAGGCUCUAAACUACCUCCACCAUAUGAAGAUCAUCCACAGAGACCUGAAGGCUGCACUCAUUGCUCUCUGUCCACAGCACCCUUUUGUGAAGACGGUGACCUCCAACCGUCCACUGAUCGAGCUGGUGGCCGAGGCCAAAGCUGAGGUCAUGGAGGAAAUYGAAGACAAUAGAGAGGAAGGAGAAGACGACGACACAAUGGAUCUCAUUGAGCCACCAGAAAAGGAGCCAUGCCAGACGAGUCAGACCAGUUUGGAUGAAGAUCAGUCGGCGGACACUCCAAGCCCCACCACACCCUCACCUGUACCUUUACCCAGGAGACUGGCUCGGCCCGGCACGCCAGCAGAGGAGCACCGACCCUCAGUGCCUGUGCCCUUGCCACGCUUCGCCGUCUCUCACAAAGAUCCAGAGGAGGUGGGGGGCCGGCUGGCUGAUGAGGUACUGGAGUCUGAGAAAGCUGAGAGCGAGGCCUCAACAAAGACCUCCAGCUCAGACUCUGGCAUUGAGGAUGGAAAGAUUACCCCCACAAUGGAGGAGGAGAAGGCGGCUUUAGAGACACCAGAGAAUGAACGGCCACCCCCACUUGAGAUGACUACAGAAAAACUUGACAGUAUGAUCAACUGGCACAUACCAAGGGUCCAUAUAUCUGAGGGAAAGAUGACUGGCAGCAGAGACUCACCCACUCCAAGCUCGAGUCCCAACAGGACUCCUGGGUCCACUCCCACCCCAUCCUUUGCUGCUUCCCCGGUACCACAGCCUCACGAUGUCCUGAACGACACAAUAAGCAAAGGGAAGGCAGAUCGUCUGUCGAUAGGAAGGAACGCGGAGCCGGCCUCGCCGCAAGCCAACGGAAGGAAUCACAAACGGAACUCGUUAACGGGSAGCCUAGGAUCGGACAGCAUGUCGGUUAAACAGGAGAACGUCACCAUACCUGGAAGGGUCAGUAAAACUCUCAGACAGAAUCAACUCUUUUGCUGUAGCUCUGUCCAUAUUUUGAAGUGUUUGUCUCCUGGUACAUCUCAGGCCAAGAAGAAGCAUUUUGAUACWGAGCUGGAGAAUAUGGAGAAACAUCAGAAGCAAACUAUUGAGAAGAUAGAGACGGAACACAGCGUUAAACUCAAGGAAGAAACCAAACGCAUCAAAACAGAACAAGACMGAGAAUACCACAAAUUCAUGGAUCAGCUGAAACAGAAGAAGAAGGAGGUUAAACAUUCAGUUGACAAGAUGGCUCGGAGUGAGCGAAAAGACACCUUGAAGCAGCGCAUGAGCUUCUUCCAGGAAUCAAAGAUGAAGCAGGAGGAGAAAUUCGUGGCGGACCAGAAGAACUUCCUAGAUACAACACUGAAGAUGAUCCUCUCCAACAACAAGAGGGAGAUCGCAGAAACCGAGAGAGAAUGUCUCAACAAGAAGCAAGAACUCAUCAGAGAGCGAGAGGCCACKUUAUGGGACAUGGAGGAGAAGAACCUCUUAGACAAACACCAGCUGCUGAAGCAGCAAAUGAAAGACCAGUACUUCCUUCAGAGGCAUCUACUCCUAAAGAAACACGAAAAGGAGCAAGAACAAAUGCAGUCCUACAACCAGCGCAUGAUUGAGCUGCUGAAGAACAGGCAGCAGCAGGAGAAAACCCGGAUGCCAAAAAUCCAGCGCAAUGAGGCGAAGACUCGCAUGACGAUGUUCAAGAAGAGUCUGCGCAUCAAUUCGACGGGCAGCGCCUCAGAGGACAGAGAAAAGGUCAAGCAGUUCACUCAGCAGGAGCAGAAGCGGCAGAAGGCAGAGAGGCAGCAUCAGCUGCAAAAACAUGAGAACCAGCUGAAGGAGAUGAUGGGCCAGUGUGAAAGCAACAUCAGGGAGCUGCAGCAGCUGCAGAAUGAAAAGUGCCACAUGCUGAUUGAGAAUGAGACUCAGAGGCUGAAGCAUCUGGAUGAGCAGCAUGCACAGCUGAUGAAGGAGUGGAGGGAGCAGCUGAGAGUCAGGAAGAAGGAAAUUGAGGAUGAGCUGAGCGCGAAGAAGAGGGACCAGGAGGCUUUCUUCAUGAUGAAAGAGAGCGUAGAUAAUUCAAACCCCAGCUCUCCUCACAAACUCUCCAAGUUUGUGCCUUACUUGGACUCGUCCACCAUAUGACCAGAGCGGCGGUGACGUUGCAUCUACCCGAGUUCUGCACAGACGUUCUGCUGCUUCUGGUUUCAUUUGCUUUAUUAGGAAUGACAAAACCCAAAACUUUCCUUGGAUUUCUAUGUUGCUUUAGUAAAUAUUUAUGUUGUAGCUCAAUUUUUAUUUUAUCUUUUGUUKUU